AUGGCUACCUCGGUCAGGGAUGCGAAUGGAAAUGAUAUCAACGGCGGAGGACAAUUCGGGUGGUUCCUGAAGAUCGGCGCCACACCAGAGGCCGUGGCCGUCUUGAACGACCAGCCAUACCUCUUCACCAUUCUACUCGUUGUGCUGGUCCUCGUCGCGCUGCAAAUCACGCUGCACUGGUACAUCCAUUACGCAACCAUGAAGCCCGAGCAGAAGAAGAAAAAGAAGAAGGACGACAAGAAGGCGGCACCUGGCGGCAAACCACCGGCGCAAAGAUAG